UAUGUACCUUUCCCCCUACCCUCCACCCCCAAAUUCUGCUUCCUCUUUUGAGAUGCUUUACAAGCAGCUGCCUUCUGCUGCCUUCAGCUGCUGAUUGUUUGUCUUCAAAGAGUAAUAGACAUGCUCGUUUGGACUGAGGUCAGGUAACUAAUUCAGCCAUUCGACAACAUUUUAUUUCUUUGCCAGGUAACACCCUUGGAUUGCUUUCUCAGUAUGUUUUGGGUCAUUAGCCAUGUGUACUGUGAAGCACUAUCCCAUUUGGUUUUCAUCGUUUGACUGAAUCUCAGGAGAAAGUGAAGCCUUGCAUGCUUCAGGAUUCAUCCUGUGACUUCUGUCAGCAGUUACAUCAUGAAUAAAGGCCAGUGAUCCAGGUCAAGGCUCAAAGUUCUUUAUUGUCAUCCAUCAUGGAGAAAUAUGACAGGAUGAGAUGAAGUUACUGGGGUCUCAGUGCUCAUAAUGAUUAGAAUAAGUAACAACCUAAUUAAAAUAUAAUAAAAGUAAUGUCAAGCUAAAAAUAUAUAUAAAUGUAAUUAAAGAAUAAUACUAACAUAAAUAACAGACUUUUAAAUGAAUAAAUGACCUAUUAAUUCCAUUAAAAGUCCAUUAAGCCCAUUAAAAAUGCAGAAUGCAAAUUGUGUGUAUUCAGAGGUGUGGCGGUUGGAUACAGUUCAGCAGUCUCACAGCAUCUGGGAACAAAAGCUAUUCUUCACCCUGGUGGACCUCGCCUUGAUGCUGCACAGCCUCCAGCCUGAGGGGAUUGGGAAACAGUGCAAGUGCAGCUGCAGUUCCACACAGUGAUGCAGGCAGUCAGUGUGUUCUCCACAACACACCUGUAGCAGGAACUGAGGAUGUUGGAGUUCAGCCCCACCGCAUACAGCUUUCUCACGAAAUACAGAAAUCUAUGAUGCUGUGUUCACGCCAGGUAAGGGUGUUGUUGAGGUGUAUUCCCAAGUAUUUGAAGCUGGAAACUCCGUGACCGCCCCACUGAUGUAGAGAUUUAAUAUCUGUCGAAUUUAGCAAUCAUCCCUUAGUUUAGUUGAUGUUUAGCCCUAGAGAACCCAUGGGGUCAAAUUUGGCCACUGUUAAUUGCUGCUGCUCAAAAUGUACAAAGAAAAAAAAGAUGGUCAAAUUUAUCUUCUAAAUCCCAAAGUGCCACUUCUGACCCCUGCAUAGAGACAUCUAGUGGAUGCAUAUUGAACUGACAUGAGCCAGAGUGGUAGUUAGAAGAUGGCUGACCACAUGCUGUUUUGUUGAGCUGGAUACUUUCCCCCAAAAAAUCAUCUUCGUAGCAAAUCAAAUGGAGUAUGGCUGCUCCCUUUUCAGGGCAGGGAAAGCACCAGAGAAAGUUCACUGCACAACAAGUAUUGGAUCUACUCGAAGCUGAUGAUAGUGACUUUGGCCCUGAGCUGGACAGCGACAGCGAUUCUGAUGAAUUGUAUCAACCGCAUGAAAGUGAUGGUGGUGAAUCCUCUGCCGAAGACAGUGACUCAUCCAAUCACUCGUCCAGUGACGAAGAUGUGCCAUUUGCUGAGACUGCUAGCGUACAGAUGGAGCCAAAUCGUGCCGCAAAAACUUAUAAAUGGCGAAAGAAAGGCUUUGAGUUGCCUGAUGUGAACUUUCUUGGUGAACAAGUUGAGUCGUACCAGGAUGCCACAACAGACACGCCACUGGUUUACUUUUGGCGCUUUGUUUCCCUUGAUAUGUUGGAAAAUAUUGUUGAGCACACCAAUCAAUACAGUAUUCAAAAACAUGGGAAAUGUGUUGACACUUCAGUAAAAGAGAUAGAACAAGUUCUUGGACUGUAUCUCUGGAUGGGAUUAGUUCAAAUGUCUGGAGUACGUCAGUACUGGGAAAACGAAGUUCGUUAUGGGCCUGUGGCAGACAUAAUGAGUGGCAACCGAUUCAGCCAGCUACUCUCUGUCAUUCACUUUGUAGACAAUGAAAUGGCCAGUGAAGAAGUAAAAAAGGAUCGACUGUGGAAACUAAGACCGUUUUUGGAUUCUUUUCGGAGACAAUGUCUGACUAUUGCGCCUCGCCAAAAACAGUCCAUCGAUGAGAUGAUGGUGCUGUACAAAGGAAAAUUUGGUGGCAUAAGGCAGUACAUCAAAGGGAAGCCACAUCCGUGGGGAUUCAAAGUGUGGGGGAGCUGCUGUGUCACUGGCUUCCUGCACGAUUUUGAUAUAUAUCAAGGAAAAGGAGGUGCCAAUGAGCAAAAAGGGAAGAAUCAGUUGGGAGUUGGUGGAGACAUUGUGGUAAAGCAAUGCGACUCGCUUGCAGAGAAAGUACGUUUCCUGAUUUUUGCUGACAAUUUCUUCACUUCAAUGCCCCUCAUUGAGAAAUUAUUGGCAAAGGGAAUCUACUACACAGGAACUGUUCGAAAAAACCGCAUGUCAAAGUGCACCCUGAUGACAAACAAAGACCUGUCCAAGAAAGGCCGUGGAUCAUAUGAUCAUCGAAUCGAGUCCAACACCAAUACUGUGUGUUUGAAAUGGCAAGACACAAAAGCAGUCACUUUGAUGUCAACAUAUGCUGGACCACAGCCUUUAGGAAAAGCCCGCCGCUGGGACAAGUCCAAAAAAGAGUACAUCAACAUUGAUCAGCCAAACAUCAUCAAGGAGUACAACGCUUCCAUGGGAGGAGUUGACAUGCUGGAAGCACAUCUUGCACGCUGUAAGUUUCCCAUCAGGAUCCGUCGCUGGUAUAUGAUACUUUUCUGGCAUUUUUUGUCUGUUGCGGUGAUCAACGCAUGGCUUCUUUACCAGCGUGACUGUGAGGCCCAGGGAAUCCCAACAUCGAAAGUACUCAAACUUCGCAAGUUUCAGGGUUUGGUUGCUGAAGGCUUGGUUCAAGUUGGAACAGCAAGAAGUCGGGGUAGGCCAACAACUUCUGGCCUCUCCUCCCCGCCACCACAAAAAUUUGUUCGAGUUUACAAGAGUGCAGAUGUUCGUUUCGACCAAAUCACCCAUUGUCCUGUCAAGGAGGAAAAUCGCCGUCGAUGUGCUGUGUGCAAGGACCUCAAAACUGAAAUGCACUGUGAAAACUGUGCUGUUCCACUCUGCAUCAACAAAAAAAUAAAUUGCUUCAAAGACUACCACAAUGUCUAGUGUGAAUUCAUGGAUAAGAAAAUGCCCGUGGUUUGGGGGGUUUUUUCACCACAAAAAUUAGUUUGAGUUUACAAGAGUGCAGAUGUUCGUUUCGACCAAAUCGCCCAUUGGCCUGUCAAGAAGGAACAUUGCCAUCAUUGAACUGUGUGCAAGGACCUCAAAACUGAUAUGCAGUGACUGUGAAAACUGUGCCUCGUGUUCUUUUGUUUCAAACUCAAUCCAGUUCUGACAUGCAACAAAUAAAGAAAAAAAAAAACCUUGUUAAAUGUAGCUGU